AUGUUCGUGAAAACUCAUUAUAAACGUGAUAUUAUCUUCACAGAUAGGUCUUUUAGCGGCAGUAGCAGCAAAGAGAGUGUCGCUAAUGCGUCCUCUUCCAACGAAGAUGGUGGCGACACCAUGAACCGAGAGAACGUGACAAACAAGAUCGCUGCAGGCAUGGACCGGUGGCAGAACACGAUAGAAGAUAUGAUUCAUUUACGCUCUUCCAAUAACCAUGCCUUCAAAGACAACUAUUGGGCACAAAAUGGGUUUGACGAAUUACGACGCUACGUAAAGCAAGGGAGCGACUUCAGUAAAGAACUAGCUGCCAUUUUACAGGAAAGGGUGGAAGCGGAGAAUUACUACUCGAAAUGUUUAACAAAACUCGGUACGAAAUUGAGCAAAGCAUGCAAAGAGAGUGUAGGCUCUUGCGCAGAGGCGUGGAAGCAUGUCGCAAUAGAAAUGGAGAAACGUGCCGAAAUACACAGGAAUUACUCUAGCGCACUCGCAGAGGAAUUAGUUAAGCCGAUGAAGAAUGUUAUCGACAACCAACUGAAGCUAAGAAAGAAGAUCGAAGGCAACGUGGACAAAACAACACGUACCCUAACCGAUUGGAGGUCAGCGGAAGUAAAAUCGAAGAGACAGUCCCACGCCGCCGCAAGGGAAAAUGAGAAACUCCAAGAUUCUUCCCUUGAAAUUAGCAGAAUGUCGCGCAGUUCAAGUAUGGGCCACAUCCCGCACUCGAUCCUGAGCGCCGCGCGCGCAGAACGAUUAGCUCACUCGUCGACCGAACGAGACGCAGCCAAACUACAAGUCAAGAAACGAAAGACUGAAGAUGCUGUUAAGAAGACUGAAGCCGAGUAUUACAAUGUUUGCGUUCAAGCGGAACGGGCUCGACUGGAAUGGGAGACGAGCGUCGUAAAAGGAGCCGGGAUGCUGGAAUCUCUUGAAGAAGAGAGACUUGCGCAGCUCAAGAGCUCAGCCGAUUGUUAUCUCAGACUAACAGCAGCCGUUCCGCCACAAUUAGCUGAGGCAACGAACACACUGGUGGGACCGAUAAAGAAUGCCAACGCGAAUCUGGAUAUGAAAGUUGUGCGCGGCGUCCGUUCAGCACCAGCUGGCGCCAGUGAGCAGUUGCUACCGGACUUCUAUUGUGAGCACACAACGCUGGCGAUGAAUCGAGAGCGUCGUAAACAAGCCUUACUAAAAAUACUGCAGCUCGUGAAACAAGAUAUAGAGAGGGAAAGAAAAUCCAUGCAAGGUCUCGAAAAACUAUCUGCGGCUAUGAAACAGACACCGACUUUCGGAAACGACGAUUCACAACAAAACGUAGCUGAUAAAUUGUACCAUAUGAGAGCCAUGCUAACAUAUCUAGAAGCGAUAAGAUACAAAAUAACAACAACUUUAAGCGAAAUAGAUAACAGACAGCCCGUGCAACAUCCUUUGGCAGCUCACAUACAAGUUAUUAGGGACAAGCAGGGAUUACAACAAAGCAUACUUAAAGUACCACCAUGGCUCCAAUCGGAUUACCAAAACGAAGUGAACAAGAACCUGCAACCGAAUUACACAGCGCUCACAAAGAGUGUUAACGGCGGCGAAGAAAGGGAACGUCGUGACUCCAUAAUGAGCCGGGCUUCCAGUAAACUGCGUAUUGAACAUUUGUCAUUCAGAAGAAACACGGAGCAUAAAAGUGCACCAGCUACGCCAAUAUGUUCAGAGCUGCCGGCCCCACCUGUGAAGCCGCCAACGCCAGAAGCACCCCCGCCACCCGAUAGUCCGUUAGAUUGGAGCGAACGCGGCGCUGGCGACGGCCUUUCGAAUCAGCAUGAUAGCGAUUUUGAUGAAUUUUCGUCCCAAAGCGGUAGUUCAACAGAUUUGAAUUGCUUAGACAAAAACGACGGCAGCGAUGAGCCUCCUCACAAAUACAUCGGAAAGUGCAGAGCGCUUUAUACCUAUGAAGCAAGAUUGAAUGAUGAACUAACUUUAGCACCAGGUGAUAUUAUUAACAUAUAUGAGAAACAAGACAAUGUGUGGUGGAGCGGUGAUCUAAACGGGUCAUUUGGUAUAUUUCCGUCCUCCUAUGUUGAAGAAAUAACGUCUUGCAUAUAA